UUGCGGCGCUUUAAAGGCUGAAGUCUGUGCUGAACGGGGAAGGAGGGAGGAGGAGGAGGAGGAUGAGGAGGAAAGGGAUCACGCUUUAAGUCCUGCGUGCUGCGGGAAGCUUCAUUUGUCAGUCGUGGAGACAGAGAGACACACUCCGUGAGUGAAAACGGGAGAAAACCGGCUCUUCAUAAUGUAGAUGUCUUUCUUUCUUCUUCAACCAGAAAAAUCUUGUAUUUUUUUUUUUUUUUUUGCUCUUGAAAUUUGUUUACGCACCAGAAAAGAGUGACUUGAAAACGCCGCAGGGAUGAGUGUUUCGUGGUCUCGUGCGCUUCAAACGGAUCCCAGCUCCUGAUGAAGGGACCAAACCGGACGCAAGGAGGCUGUCAGUGAUGGUUUCCGAGAGAAGAUCGCAAAGAAUUCCCAAAUCUAAAUGGAAUUAGUUGAGUCUGAAGUCCUUUGUGAAAGGAACAGACAUGGUACAUGGACGCAGCUUCCAUCACGUUGUUGCAAGUCUACUCAUGCUUGGGUUGGCCAUGGCAACAAAAAAGGACACUUCAGUGAGGAACAAUUCUGGAGUGAAGCCUGCAGGUCAAUGUGGAACAUGGGUGAAAGAAGCAGAAGGAGGGCUCUUUACUUCUCCCAAUUACCCAAACAAAUACCCCCCGAACACAGAGUGUGUUUACAUCCUUGAAGCCCCCCCAAGGCAGUGUCUUGAUCUGCACUUCGAGGAGAAUUAUUCAAUUGAGUCUUCUUGGGAAUGUAAAUUUGACAACAUCGAGGUCCGGGAUGGCCCAUUCAGCUUCUCCCCAAUCCUCGGGCGGUACUGUGGUCAGCACAGCCCGCCUGACAUCAGGAGUAGCGGCCGAUAUCUGUGGAUUAAAUUUGAAACAGAUGGAGAACUGGAAGGAGUGGGAUUUUCAGCUAGCUACAACUUCACAGCAGAUCCAGACUUUGGAGACUUGGGAGUUCCUCCACCACUGCCCUCCUGUCAGUACGACAUGGUCGGCCCUGAAGGGAUCGUCGAGUCUCAUCAGAUAACCAGAGACGGAAAGGCUGGUGCUGCAGAGGCAGUCGACUGUAAAUGGUACAUCCGUGCUCCACCUCGUUCCAAGAUCUAUCUGCGUUUUCUGGACUAUGAAAUGGCAAAUUCCAAUGAAUGCAAGCGCAACUUUGUAGCAGUCUACGAUGGUGGCAGCUCAGUGGAAGACCUGAAGAGUAAGUUCUGCUCCACGGUGGCCAAUGACAUCAUGCUUGUUUCCACACUGGGAGUGGUCCGCAUGUGGGCAGACGAGCUGAGCCGUAAAAGUCGUUUCCGCAUCCUUUUCACAACCUUCCAAGAGCCUCCAUGUGAUGCAGAUGCCUUCUUUUGUCACAGUAAUAUGUGCAUAAACUACACGCUGGUGUGUAACGGCUUACAGAACUGUGUCUACCCCUGGGAUGAGAACCAGUGCAAAGAAAAAAGAAACACCAAAUUCCUGGACAACCUGAACACCACAAACGGGGCCAUAAUUGGGGUAACGUGUUGCAUUGUCUUCAUCCUCCUCAUCGUCUCUGUCAUUGUCCAGAUAAAGCAGCCACGAAAGAAGUAUGUCUUGCGGCGUGAGGACUUUGACCCCACCAUGUUUCAGGAGGUUUUUGAACCGCCCCACUACGAGUUGUGCACUUUACGGAGUGCUCCCACUCCCACAGCAGCGUCAGCCGACUUAGUUGACCUGGCUGAAGAUUUUGACAACUACCACGCCCUCCGCAGUGCCUCCUCACGCUGCGUUCACGACCACCACUGUGGCUCCUCCUCCAACCCCGGCUCCGCACACAUAUCCCAACUGUCGCUCAGCGGGCGAGGAAGCCGCAGUAAUUUGAGCGUCCGGGACAGCGCAGCUGCCACUCUGCUGGCAGACCUCCCGCAGCCGCCCAUGGCCGUCCGGCCCCUGCUGCCCACCACAGGGAACCGCAGGAGCAUCUUGGUCAUGAAGCACAGCUACUCACAGGAGGCGGCGGACACUGGGUGCGACCUGGACGACGACCUGGAAGACGUUCCUACCACCAGCCACCGACUCUCGCGUCACGAAAAGGCAGUACAGCGGUUCUGCCUCAUUGGCUCUUUGAGCAAACAUGAAUCAGAGUACAACACAACUAGGGUCUAGGAGACAAUCUCAAGACUUCUUGAGAAUAGCGUUCUCCUGGCGCAGUUUGAGCGGAAUUCUCUGACAAGUGAAAAAGCGGAGCAGAGAUUUACACCAGCAUGAUGAUGAUGAUGAUGAUGAUGAUGAUGAAGGACACUGAUGAAAUGAACACUGGGGGGGGGAUUUCAUGUGCAAAGCUGAACACUGAGGACUAGAUGGAAUCAGCCCAGCUGCUGUGAAAGGCUGUUUCCUCCUCUGGACUUUUACUUUCACAUCAUUCAAUUUGAGCUUCAGGUCGUUCAAAACACUCGUCUAUGUUAUAAGUCCCUCCUAACUUGACUUAUCGUCUUUGUUUCACUUAUUUAGAAUUAUUGACUUGAAUAUUCUGAUUUAAACAACUGAUUAGAGUUCCUUAAAUUGGGUCAAAAUUUGAAACAAAUGGAAUUCAUUACUAACUUCAUCCAAUUCGGGAUUUCUGGGAUUACCAAAAAAAGUUUAAGACUAUUGCUUCUGCAUGCUUCUUUUCUAAAAGCAUCUACAUGAUAAAAUGGUUAAGAAUAUUCUUACUAAUACUAAUAAUUCCCUUCAGAACCCUCAAAGUACUUUGAGUGUGCUGCAUGUUCAACUAAGUUUUUUACACAACAUUGCCCCCUAAAAUAUCCUAAAUUAAUUUGACAAUAUUUCUUUCUGAACAUUUCAACUAACUUUUAGAUAGGCUUUGUUUUUUUUUUAUUUUGUAACUAAAACAAAAUAAAAAUAAAAAUAGAACAUCACUUUUAAUGUAGGAGCUUCGUGUCUUUAUAAUGAAACACAUUUAUACUAAAGGUAUCAAAAGAAUGAAUUGUUUUUAAAAAAUAUGAUCUUUCAGGGCUAAUUUUACCUGUGCUUUAUAAAACAAUAGAAAUGAAUUGUAUCCUUUUUUUUCUCUUGAAUUUACUGAUCUGAUCUACAUUUGUCUGUGUGUUCUUGUCUGAGGAACAUUAGUUAAGAACAAAAGUAAUUUGUUUCUUAUCAAAAAAGACAAUAAAGUGACAAAAGCGGCUAUUGAAUCCUGCAACGUGUCAUGGAAAAAGGCAGCCUUCGCUAAAUAAAUUCAUAAAAAUUCACAUUAUGAAGGAAUAUAGAUAAAAGUUGUAAUGGAAUUUACAAAGAUUUUUUUUACAUUAAAUUUGGGAUCUGACCAUAAAAAUAAACUGUAUAGGUAAGAAAUAAUAUUUUAUCUGAAUAUGCUCUAUUAUGCAUCUUUGCAAAACUGCUGCACAUGUUCAAUAAGAUUAAUAAUUUUGAAAAAUCUUUGUUGGAAGAUUUUUUUUAAAGUCAUCCUGCUCCAUGUGUGAGUUCACAUCAAGAAUGUGGUUUGUUUUUAUCAUUUUAACAACUUCCUUGUCUGAUUUGCAUCACAGUUUGUUGCAUUUGCAUCUCCUGAAAGUCAUAAGUUUUGUCCAAAUACUAACAUAGUAUUUUUAUAUUUAAAGUUCCGUAUUCUCCGAUUGGCUGAAAGGUGUUUGGAAGCCGACUGUGAGGGUUGCGAGUUUCAUGUGCAGUGCCUUUAUUCCUUGAAAAAAUGUGUAUUUUUUCUCAUCCAUUUCCAAAUCUUGAAGUUUUUUUGGCUAAUUCCUUUAUAAAAAUUAAAAAAGUAGCGCAUUUAGUCAGAAAUACCAACUUAGAGCUUAAAGGCCUCCAUAUUAAGACUCUUUUCUGCAUGUGGCCUUUGGGAAGCAGUUGAGAAGAGGUUUUUAUUUUAUUUUAUCUACCUUGGACUGUGAGAAAUUAUUCAAAAAAUACCUAAAAUUCUUAAUUAGUUGUAAUAAUUUAGGUUUCUUUGUUUAUUAGUACUGGAUAAAGAUCAGAUAAUAUUUAGUCAGAAAUUGAUGCAAACAUUUUUCCAAACAGGAUGUUUCUGGAUUUAUUUUGCCAGUGCAGUUCUUUGACACAUUAACACACUUGUGCUUGUGAGUUUUCUCGUGUCUAAAUGUGUUUUAUUUCUUUUUUGUAAUAAUUUGAAUUGCAUUCAUCAUGUACACGCCUGUACGUGUGUCUUUAGUGUCACAAAAACACGCAUCAUCCACUGUUUCCUCUGAUCCAUGUGCAGUCAUCUCUGUGGUUACUAAAUAAACUGUUGGGUUUUUUUCUGUUUCUGCACACAUCGCUUUAACUUUGUGUCUGUCACUGCUGGACAGUUCACCUCUCACAGAAAUAAAUCCAGAAGGAAACCUGUGCAGAGCUGCACAUGCACUUAUCGAUUUUUUUCUGUCUGUUUCUUCCCUCUCAAACACACACAAACGCGCACACGCAAAGUCGCAAACUCAUCUACCAGCUCAGAGACGGAGGCGGAGACGUCACUAAUUAAAUGCACCAUUCCUCUGCAUCCGGACACAUUUCACAGCGACGUAUCGGUUUCCCUCCCACACUCCUCUUUAAAGGACUUUUUUCCGUAGUAACUUGUAGAUUGCAGAGAUGAGGGAAAACAAUUAGCAGAAAGUUUGCAUUUGCUUUGGAUGGAAGAUAUGGAUUUUUCUAGAGUGGAAGAACCUUGAAGUAUCAUUUGAAAUAGACAACUUUCAGAAAAUUUAACUUUUUUGGGGGAGAACACAGUACCUUUAAUGUAAAUUUGUUUGAAGAGACUUAAAAAAAUCUUUACAGGUUUGAAAACUGUUUUUAAGUAUCUGUCAAAAUACAAAAGCUUUUAUUUUUUUAUGUUGACGUGAUGUCUUCACGAUAGAAACUUGUGUUGUUUUAUAUAAACUGGUCAUUAGAAAAGUUAAAGGUAAUGUUACAGCUUUUAAUUAUUGGAUCAACUAAUUUUUAGUUUAUUAUUUAUUUUUUUUGCAUUUUACUAACAGUUUAUUCUGAAUGUUUGUGAUGCAGAGGAUUUUUUAAAACUCAGUUUGGACAUUUAUUUGAUAACAUAUUGGGAAAAUGCUGGACUGAAUCUUUUAAAUAAACUAAUAUUUACCGCUUUUA